AACACGUGGAGACCUCAACAAAAUGGUGUUGAAGAAAGUGGACAAUCGCAUCAGAGUUUUGAUUGAAAAUGGCGUCCAGAAGAAGCAGCGAUCACUGUUUGUUAUCGUGGGCGAUAAAGGAAGAGAUCAAGUUGUCAUUCUCCAUCACAUGCUAUCCAAGACAGCAGUCAAAGCAAGACCAACAGUUCUGUGGUGUUAUAAGAAAGAACUAGGAUUUAGCAGUCACAGAAAGAAAAGAAUGAAGCAAUUGCAAAAGAAAAUCAAGAGUGGAACCUUAGAUCUGAAGAAGGAUGACCCAUUUGAGUUGUUUGUAUCUGCUACAAAUAUUCGCUAUUGUUAUUAUGCUGAAACCCACAAGAUACUUGGAAAUACAUAUGGCAUGUGUGUGCUUCAGGAUUUUGAAGCUUUAACACCAAAUCUACUGGCCCGAACUGUUGAGACAGUUGAGGGAGGCGGUUUGAUUGUACUUCUGCUAAGAACAAUGUCAUCUUUGCAACAGCUGUACACAUUGGCCAUGGAUGUACAUUCUAGAUACAGAACAGAGUCUCAUCAAGAUGUCGUUGGAAGAUUUAAUGAAAGAUUCAUAUUGUCGCUGACCUCUAAUAGGAAUUGCAUGGUUAUUGAUGAUCAGUUAAACAUUCUUCCCAUCUCUUCUCAUACUCUAUCAAUAACUGCAUUACCACCAAAAUCAAAGGAAGAAUCUAUGAAUGCAAAUGAAAUUGAGCUUAAGAGUUUGAAAGAAUCAUUGCAAGACACACAGCCUGUUGGAGGUAUCGUUAACUGUUGCCGCACUCUUGACCAGGCAAAAGCAGUCCUCAAAUUCAUUGAAGCGAUAUCAGAAAAGACCUUAAGAAGCACAGUAACACUAACAGCGGCCCGCGGUCGUGGAAAAUCAGCUGCCUUAGGACUGUCAUUGGCUUCAGCUGUUGCAUUUGGGUACUCAAACAUGUUUGUGACAUCACCAAGUCCAGAAAACUUGCACACUUUGUUUGAGUUUGUCUUCAAAGGAUUUGAUGCCCUGGAAUUCCAGGAACAUCUUGACUAUGAGCUGGUGCAGUCAACCAAUCCAGAAUUCAACAAAGCAGUUGUAAGAGUGAAUAUUUUCAGGGACCAUCGACAAACAAUCCAGUACAUUCACCCAUCAGAUGCCCACAAACUUGGCCAAGCAGAGUUGGUUGUUAUUGAUGAGGCUGCUGCCAUUCCACUGCCUUUGGUCAAAGACCUCAUGGGGCCAUACCUUGUGUUUCUGUCAUCAACAGUGAAUGGGUAUGAAGGAACAGGCCGAUCUCUCUCCUUAAAACUGAUCCAACAGCUUAGACAACAGAGUACAACUCAUGGUCCUUCCAGUAAAGGCAACAGUUCCACACCUCUGGGCCGCAGUCUUCAUGAAAUCACUCUGAAUGAGUCCAUUCGUUAUGCACCAGGUGAUGAGGUGGAAAGAUGGUUAAACCAUCUUCUCUGUUUGGACGCCACUGUGGUACAGAGGCUGUCUUGCGGUUGUCCAUUGCCUGAAAACUGUGAUUUAUAUUACAUCAAUCGGGAUACACUGUUUUCUUAUCACAAAGCAUCUGAAGUCUUCUUGCAAAGGCUCAUGGCUCUUUAUGUAGCUUCGCAUUACAAGAACACUCCAAAUGAUCUACAGUUGUUAUCUGAUGCACCUGCGCAUCACAUCUUCUGCUUGUUAGGUCCUGUUGAUCCUGCUCAGAACACACUUCCAGAGGUGUACUGCGUGUUACAGGUUUGCCUUGAAGGUGAUAUCUCUAAGUCUUCCAUCAUGAGCAGUCUAUCACGAGGCAAAAGGGCAUCUGGCGACCUUAUUCCCUGGACGAUAUCGCAGCAAUUUAAUGAUCACGAUUUUGCGGGUCUUUCUGGAGGAAGAAUUGUCAGAAUCGCUACCCAUCCUGACUUUCAAGGGAUGGGUUAUGGUCGACGGGCCAUGAAUCUUCUUAUUCAGUAUUACGAGGGAAAGAUUCCCAGUUUAGCUGAAGAACGCAAAGAAGACGGACAAAUCUCAACUCUGACUGGAGAUGAGGAUGUUGGCCUACUACAGGAGGUGAUAACUCCUCGCAGUAAUCUGCCGCCUCUUUUGUUAAAACUCAGUGAAAGACCAGCCGAACAACUGGAUUAUUUGGGCGUAUCCUACGGCUUGACAACUCAACUCUUAAGAUUUUGGAAGAAAUCCGACUUUGGUCCUGUGUACCUCCGCCAGACGCCGAAUGAUUUGACUGGCGAACACUCUUGUAUAAUGUUAAGACGACUCUCCGAUCAAGAAGAAAACUCUGAUGACAACUGGCUGCAAGCCUACAUGACUGAUUUCCGCCGGCGUUUUUUGUCCCUCCUUUCCUAUCAGUUUCGCAACUUUCAACCAUCUCUAGCGCUGAGUAUUCUGAACAACAAGAGUUACAAAGGAAUUAAAGGCUCAGGUUUAACAAAAGGUGAGCUAGAAGCUGUUCUUACAACUUACGACAUCAAGCGAUUGGAACUUUAUUCGCGGAAUAUGGUGGAUUAUCAUCUGAUCACGGAUUUGCUUCCAGCUGUCUCCAGGUUAUUUUUCCUUCAGAAAAUGGACUUCGAUCUUUCUGCAGUGCAAUCGGCGAUUCUUCUCGGGCUUGGACUACAACACAAGACCAUAGAGGCCCUUGAGAAAGAAUUAGAGCUACCAUCAUCUCAGUUACUGGGAUUGUUCAACAGAACUAUGAGAAAAGUUGUUCAGUGUUUUAGCUCUGUUCUCGAGUCAUCCUUCGAUAGUCAAGUCACCAAAGAAAGAGAAGUGGCUAUGGAGCCGUUAGCUCAAGGACUUCAAGAGGAUUUGGAGGAGGCAGCGAAGGAAUUGAAAGAAAAGCAAAAGAAAGAACUGGAAAAACUGAAGAACAUUGAUCUCAGCGAGUUUGCAAUAUCAGGAAAAGAUGAUGAAUGGAACACGGCUCUAAGUAACAAUAAGAACGUCACCAGUGUGAUUAGCGUUGCAAGCACAAAGCGGAAGACACAGCCUUCCAAUGAUCAAAGCAAAUCACAUAAGAAACGCAAGAAGUCCAAACAGAAGCACCACACUGGUUGAAUCUGCUGUCAAGUUAUUAAGCAUGUCAAGCAGUGUAGAAGACUGAGGAUAUGCCAAUUAUUGUCGCUACUUGUUCGAUAAACGUCAGCCUCUACAAGGAUUCGGCUAACACUGAACAGCAACGGCAAGAUGACGGCAACUUUAGAAUUCAUUGACCUGUCGUUAAUUCUCAUCCAAAGUAACGAACAAAAUGAUUAUCAGAAGCGUUAUUGUCUGCUCUCUGAACAGGGGGGAACAAGUGCUAAAAGGCCGUAAACUGCAAAAAUUUCGUGCACUAAAGGACCAUGGCGGGCUUUAUAAUGAAGGACAGAACGUAUGCGCUCACGCCAACAGGAAUUUCCGAGUGUCAACGCAUGCGUAACGCUUACAUUAAUGAAGGGUGCAAAAAGCUCUUUAACUCUCUGAGAGCUAAGCGCAAAGCUUAUUGGAACGGUGUUAUCAUGGUUACAAGUUAUAUCAGGUGGUACGCGCGAUUCAUGACUUGAUGGUGGAAACAAUGAAUUGACCGCCACCUCCAAUCAAGAAGACCCAAUUUUCGAGCGUUAGUUCUUCGUAAGCGAGAACGUUGUUCUGACACUUAAUUUGGCGAGAUUCUGUACGUUUAUAGGGAGAGUAUUUUUACUUGACCCACUGCCGCACACUUUUUGUUUUGUUACUUAA